CCUGCGUUUGCUGUGUUGGCUUCUUCUGCAAUCGCCAUCAGAGCUUACAAAAGGAAUUCUCUCAACCUUUCAGGCGCAUUUCUAGGGUUCCUUGUCUUGAGCAUCCACAUCGCAGCGAAUUAUAGGUAUGGAGCAAUGUUGCUUGUAUUCUUCUUUACUUCAUCGAAGUUCACCAGGGUGGGGGAGGAGAAAAAACGGAGCCUAGACGCUGACUUCAAAGAGGGAGGUCAACGCGAUUGGAUACAAGUUCUCUUCAAUAGCGGCCUUGCCACCAUUCUGGUCAUGAUUGUGUGGCAGCUGUCAGGAUCAGAAGACAAGUGUUUAGACACACAAAAAUCACCUCUGGUAACAUCUCUAAUUGGUGGUAUAAUUGGUCAUUAUGCCUGCACGAAUGGAGACACUUGGUCCUCAGAGCUUGGAAUGCUCAGUGAUGCACAGCCUCGACUAAUCACAACCUUAAAGACUGUUCGGAGGGGUACAAAUGGUGGUGUUACAAAGGCCGGACUCCUAGCAGCUACCGCAGCAGGCUGCCUCAUUGGAUUGACAUUUGUUCUGUUAGGAUUUUUUAUAACAAGAUGUGCUUUUGAUGUGGCUCUUAAGCAGCUACUCGUCAUACCUGUCUCUGCUGUGGCGGGCCUUGGGGGAAGUGUGAUUGACUCUCUGUUGGGAGCAACCCUCCAGUUCAGUGGAUACUGCACUGUCCGUAACAAGAGCACGCUUGUAUCUGGAUCCAACUUUAGGUUGAAUCCCAUCCACAAUAUAAUGACAAUGGGAUCAGAUCCUGACUAUUGGACCUUAGUUGCAGAUUUGGAUCCACAGGUUGUUAGUAGACCAGGACCGACAGUGAAGAGGAUUUCUGGGGUCAGCAUCCUAGACAACAAUGCUGUGAACCUCGUCUCAGCAUUCAUCACUACUGUGCUGACUUCCAUUGCCUGCUCAUAUAUUUUCUGA